AUGGCGAUGCGGUCGACAAGUCUGGCCAGGCAUAUAUGCCGUCCAGCAACAGCUCAGUCUAUCACAAACUCGACACGGACGGGCUUGAACAGCAGGAGCCUCCGCGACACCUGCACAGUUCGCCAGCCCGCUCAAACUCGCGCAUCUAUUCAAACACAGUCCGCGUUGACCGGAUCACUUGUAUUGACCCGCCGCUAUGCAUCCACCAAGUCUUCUACACAACAAUACGGGACCGGUGAAACAGGCGUCACGGGCGCACCCGAUAUCACCAAUUACUACACCAUCUUCCCUCGCACACUUUCCGCUGGCCCACCACCGGCCUCAUCCUUCGAUAUUCCCGUAGGCGAUCUUCGCCGUGAGUUCCUUCAAUUACAGAACGCAGUCCACCCCGACAAAUACCCAUCCGGCGAAGUCAAGCAACACGCCGAAGCGAUAUCGGCCCGCAUCAACGAAGCCUACCGCACUCUUGUAGACCCACUUCAACGGGCACAAUAUCUUCUACGCGAGUGGCAUGGUAUCGACGUUCUGGCCGAGGACGGAGCGUCGAAGCACGCACUCGAUCCCGAGACAUUGAUGGAGGUUAUGGAGGUGCAAGAGACGAUUGAAGAAGUGGGCGCGUCACCGGAGGCUGAGGCGGAGAUUGAUGCGUUGAAGAAGGAGAAUGAUCAGCGUAUUGAGGCCUGCGUCAAGUCGCUGGGUGAUGCCAUUGACCGGAACGAGAUUGAAACUGCGAGAAAGGAGUGCGUUCGGUUGCGAUUCUGGUACAGCGUGGGUGAGGGACUGCGGGAGUGGGAGCCUGGCACGACAGAGAUUCGGCUUGUGCAUGGCAACUGA